AUGGCGGAAGGAGCUUUGUUCGAUCUUGCUGGGAACGUCAUUAAUGUGCUUGGCUCUUUCAUUGCUGAAGAGAUCAAACUGGCCCUUGGUGUCAAAACUGAGAUUGAAAAUCUAAAGAGCAGAGUCUCCACGAUCCAAGCUGUGCUACUAGAUGCAGAAAAGCGGAGUUCUCAAAACGAUGUGAUCAAAAACUGGCUCGGUAAGCUCAAAGAUGUCCUCCAUGAUGCUGAUGACGUGCUGGAUGAUUUCUCCACUGAAGUUUUGCGCCGAAAAGUGAUGAGUGGAAACAAAAUGACAAAGGAGGUACGCAUUUUCUUUUCAAGUGAAAACCAGCCUGCUUUUUGUAAUAAAAUGGGUCAUGAAAUAAAAGCAAUUAGUGAGAGACUAAAUGCCAUUGAAAAAGAGAUGAUGGCUUAUGACUUUAGUCGAAGCUUGGUUGAGCCACAAGUCAUGAAUAGGGCGGAUAGAGAAACUUACUCUUUUGUACUCAAAGACGAAGUUUUUGGCAGAGAGCAUGAUAAGAAAAAGAUUAUGGAACGUCUUUUUGAUGACAGUGGUGAAGAGAAUAUUUCUAUCAUUCCAAUUGUUGGUAUCGGAGGUUUGGGCAAGACAACACUAGCUCAACUGGUAUACAAUGAUGAAGAUGUUCAAACAAAAUUUGAGAUAAAACUUUGGGUUUGUAUCUCUGAUAUCUUUGAUGUGCAGCGGAUUAUUAAAGAAAUUGUAGAACAGUUGACAAAGAGGCAGCAUGAAGGAGGCCUUGAGAUCUUGCAAAAUAAGCUUCGAGAAGAACUUAAUGGAAAAAAAUACUUGAUUAUCUUGGACGAUUUGUGGAAUGAGGACGGUAAUAAAUGGCGUCGCUUGAUAAAUUUACUAAUGGUUGGUUCAAGGGGAAGUAGGAUAGUGGUAACUACUCGCUCGACAAAGGUAGCAGAGAUUACUGGCGCAACUUCACCUCAUGAACUUGAAGGCCUAGUUCUAGAAAAGGCUUGGCCAUUAUUUGUUAAAAUGGCAUUUAAAGGAGGCAAAGAGCCAGAAAACCAAAUCUUAGUAGCCCUAGGAAAACAGAUUGUGGGAAAGUGUAUUGGAGUGCCUCUUGCUAUAAGAACAAUUGGAAGCUUAUUGUAUGGUAAAACCAAUGUAAUUGAGUGGCAAUCUUUUUUAGAUGUUAAACUCUCAAAAAUAGCCCAACAACAAAAUGACAUUUCAUCAACUCUUAAGUUGAGUUAUGAUCACCUUCCAUCACAUUUGAAGCAAUGUUUUGCUUAUUGUAGAUUAUUUCCAAAAGAUUUUAGGAUUGAUGUAAAUACACUUAUUAAUCUUUGGAUAGCUCAAGACUUUAUUGUGUUAGAAGAUCCAAGACAGCGUUUUGUGGAUAUUGGAAGAGAAUAUUUUAUGGAAUUACUUUGGAGGUCAUUUUUUCAGGAUGUAGAAAUUGAUGUUUUGGACAAUAUAAAAUCAUGUAAGAUGCAUGAUCUCAUGCAUGAUCUUGCAAUUCUUGUAUCUGGAAUGGAAAGUGCCAUAUUAAAUUCAAGUGGGGAAAAUGUGAUUGAAAAAGUUCAUCAUGUAUCAUUUGAUCUAGUGGAUUCAUCGAGUCAAUUUUCAAUCCCCGUGGCUAAUAAAAGGAAGAUACGAACAAUUCUUGCAGCUAGUGGCUACAUGUAG